AACAUAAUAUAGAAAGUGGGCGUGGUUUUAAUUCUGAAAGAUAGUUUGCUGUGUACUGUGUUGUGAAAGUCAACUUGUUUCUAAUAAGAUAGACCUAGGUAUGUUUUCUCUUGUGGUGCUAUUCACUGUGUUUCUGGGGCUGGUCGGAGUGUUCGUGUUUCUGCAAGAGCUUAAGAAGUGGAACAACAGAGCCACUGUUCAAGGUCCCCAACUGCUCAGGACUAAAGUGGAUGCUUGGUUAGAGAGCCAUGGCCUCCAUUCUCCCACAGCUAGUGAGGUUAUUCCCCUCCUUAAUCAGAGACUCCUCUCAUGGAUACAAACUGCUGAGGAGAAAGAGUACAAUCAUCUGAGUGUUGUGGAGCUGCUACCUAACACAGAGCUACCAAAGCUCAAGAUCACCAAGGUCACCUCACACACAGACACUGCACUGGAACUCGAGUGUGACAUAGAGUGGCCGAUGUGCGUGCCGGGUGUGGGUGUAAAGGUCGUGCCGCACGGUAGCCCCGCCCCCCUCAUCUGUCACCUCCAAGUCGAGUGGAUGUAUGUACAUGCUAAAGUGAGACUGGAAUGUGACUCAGAGGAUGGUGGUCUGCUCUUGUCCUAUUCCCAUACUGCCCCUCCCAUGAUGGGCAUGUCCUGUGCUGUCGAGAAUCAAUCACUGGAUGAUCAGGAGUCGGCCAAGCUAGCCAGCAGCGUGGCUGAUGGACUUCAAGGAAUAUUUUCUGAGUUACGUCUGGAGCGGGUGCCAUUGACACCACUUUCUGUGCCAAUGACAUCACUUCCUGUGGGUAUGGUCAAUGUUCCUGUUGUCCUAGUCUCGGCUCCAGAAGAGGGGAGUGGUAUAUCACCUGACAAUCACAUGACUGUGGGAGAUGUUUCUGGUCAAGAGGCUGUUGAAUCUUCUGACUCAGAAAACGAGAACCGAAAAGAUGUAGUUUGUGAGAAAAGUGGAGAUGGUGUGGGCGGUGAUGUUAGUGUGGGCGGUGGUGUUAGUGUGGGGAGUGUUGUUAGUGAUAGCAGUGUGGCCACUCAAGAAGGAGACACUCAACCUGCUGUUGCCGAUGACAACCACAUAUUCUCCUACCACACCAAACAACCUCCUCUAGUCUCCUACCACACCAAACAACCUCCCCUAGUCUCCUACCAUACCAAACAACCUCCUCUAGUCUCCUACCGAACCGAACAACCUGCCCAGUCCGAGCAGCCCAACCCCACUCCCCCUGAGGGACAGUCAGAGGAUGAAGCCCCGCCCCUUUCCCCUCAUUGGCGACGGUCGUCAUCGUAUGAGCAGUUGACCAACUCUCUAGUGGCCACACCCACUCAGGAUCAUGUGACUGUUUCCAUGACGACCCCGCAAAGGAAAGCUCUCACUAUGAGCAUGGCUGGGAGCGAGGCAGAGUCCUUAUAUGGGGCGGACGAUCGUAUCCCCUCUACCCUCGUGUUUGAAGUGAAGAACUCGGCCGGGGUGAGGAACAUUGUAGCACUCAGCUCUGCACACGCUAACAAGUUACGACGUCACUUUAGCAACGCAAAGAAAUUACAUAUUUACAACGACCACACCUUUCUGGCCGUCCACAUCCAAGAAAAAAUGCUUUGCUACGUCUGUAAAGGCAAGAUCAGUGGGAUAUUUGGAAAGCAAGCUUACCGAUGCAGAGAUUGUGCUCUCACUCUACACAAGCAGUGUCACUUCAAAACAGACCAGCUCUGUCCCAACACUAAAGUCAGGACUUUAAAUUUAAUAUAUCCGACAAACGUCUCCACGAUAGUAAACUAGCAACUGUUGCCCCUAGCAACCAUAAACUCAUUAUCUCCGUGUAACGUCUACGUAUUUAAUUCUGUUUUAGUUUGUUUUUUCAAUCAUAAUUUAAUUAGAAAACAUCCAUUUAUUGUCAUAUUAUACGUGUACAAAAUUAUUACAGUA